AUGAUCGUGUUAGCAACGGCAGUGGCCUUGUCACUAUUCGUCAUAUAUCACUUCGUCUAUUGCACGCUGUGGACAGGUCCCCUGCAGAAAGUCUCCGGUCCCAAAGCAUACGCGAUAACAAAAUGGCGUCUUGCCCUUGACGACUACAAUGGAGUCAGAACACGAUCUAUCCACUCCUUACACCAAAAGUACGGUACAGCAGUACGCAUCAGUCCAAAUGAAGUAUCUUUCUCAUCUCUCUCAGCGUUGAGGACAAUCUACGGUGCUGGAUCGGGCUUUGAGAGAACGAGCUUCUAUCGCAUGUUUGACGUCUACGGCAGACAGAAUUUGUUUACCUUUGCAGGCGUCAAGCAGCAUGCCGACAGGAAAAAGCUGUUGGCACACGCAUACUCGAAGAGCGCGAUAUUGUCCCCCACUGCAAUUGCAAAGCCGCUGAUUGAGAAGAAUGUGAAGAGCUACUUAGAAUUACUGGAGUACGAGAAGGGCGUGACGGAGGAGAUAUUUCAGAGCCUUCACUGGUUUAGUCUUGAUAGCAUUACUGGCUUUCUCUAUGGGGACCAGCAUGGGGGAACUCAUGCACUCAAAGGAGACUCCGGGGAUAGAGCACUUCUAGGUGAUAUCAUUGACCCUAGCCGGAGGUUACUGAGUUGGUAUGCCGUUCAUAUGAAGAAUUACACCAAAUGGCUUUAUACCCGGACCGGAUUGAUGGAGAAAAUUGUGACGAAUCUGGGAUUAUUGCCAAUGAAAAAGCCCGCAACGUACACUGGUAUUCGAGCACAUGCGUUGAAGGCGUGGAAUAGCUUCGAGGCUUCAGUCACUGAAAACCCUCCAACUCGGGACAUUUCUAUCAUGGAGAAAUUAUGGCGACACAGCAUAUCCGAGAAAGGCACUCAACUUGAUGGACUUGAUAUCGCGUCAGAAGCAGCAGAUCACUUUCUAGCCGGAAUCGACACGACCAGCGACACAUUAAUGUUCACAAUAUGGGCACUCUCACGCCCUGAGAAUCGAAAAUACCAAGAAAAGUUGAUCCAGGAAGUUGACAAAAUCGCCGAAACAGACUGCAAUGCAGAUGGAAAUCCUACAGCUGAGGUUGCAGACAAGUUGCCAUAUCUCGAUGCUAUUAUUAAGGAGACUCUUCGACUUUAUGCUCCGUUACCAGCGUCAGAACCACGAACAUCUCUAGUUGAUACAAAGAUUGAUGGUUAUAUAAUCCCAGCUGGCACGGUGGUAAGCAUGUCGCCAUAUACCCUUCACAGAAAUCCAGAGGUGUUUCCGGAGCCGUUGAAGUUCAACCCAGAGCGAUGGUUGGGUGAGAAUGGCGAUUGUGCGGAGAUGAAGAAGUGGUUCUGGGCUUUUUCGAGUGGAGGUCGUAUGUGUAUCGGGUUACAUCUUGCAAUGGCCGAAAUGACAACACUGCUUGCAGCGAUUUACAGAACAUACACGACGAGUGUGUACGAUCGACAAAAGGGAAUCAGCCCAGGAAUUACGAGUCGGUUUGAAGUCUUUUAUGACGAAACUCUUCCCAAAUUUGAGGAGCAUGAAUGUUGGGUCAAUUUCAUUAAACGGCAAAGCAACACAACAUGGUCAUAUCACAAGCAGAGAUUUGGCACCAUUGAGAUGUUUCCUAAUUCAUUGACCUGA